AGAUCUAAAGAUACUACCUGGUGUUAAGGGGAAAAAAAACCCCAACAAGAGCAGAUUGAGCAUCUGAGGAAUGAAUAACGAUUGAUCUGCUUCACACAUGAUAAACGAGAACGACCAGAAUGAAGCUACAGAGAGAUAUGAGGUAUGCUCAUCUUCCAAGUGGUAUGCAGGGCUGACUACAUGUAUCGAAUUAGCUCGGAGUGAACGCCAUUCUAGAAACAAGAGCUAUGCUAAGAAGGCUCUUCUUCCCGACGUGAUCCUGGGCGCACUAAUGCGGAGGGCAAGGCCCUCUCUAAUCAGAUGCUGCCACGGAACUUGCAUCAAGACGGAGCCCUGUAACUUCGUGGUGGCCUUAUACUUGCACUGCAUAUGCGUUGACUGAUAUCAUAGUUAAUGCAUCUUGAAACUUCUGCAGAUCAUGCGAACACGGAAAAGUACGAGGAGGGCUGCCAGAUGGAUGCUGGCCGGCGAUUUGGAAAAUUUCUAUCCGUUGUCUCUUGUCUCUUUUGUCUCUGCAUCGUAUCCCGGCAUCUGUGGGCCUGUUGGAACUCCCCUUUCGGCCCGUGAACCUUAUUGAGAUUCUACGUUAUUCCCCAAAUUGAAAAAACAAAGGAACCUGGAAGACAAAAGAGAACAAGACCGAUACGGCAUGAU